GUGUGGAGGUGUUUUUGGUAUAACUGUCAUUGCAGACGACGUCUUCGUUGCACCGUGGAAAUCUAUCUUUCAUUCCUGAUUCGAAAGACACGAGUAAAGAAGAGUAAAACUAAACAAGACUGAAACUGCCGAACAGCAAGGGAAAAAGUACAAACGAAGGAGCACCACAUGUAGGCCUAUCCAUGGACCGACUCAUCGCGCCCAUAUUUAACAUCACAAAGAGACCUCGACAGGCACUAGUUUCAGACCCCUUCGACAGUCAAUCAACAGCUUUAAGUAUCAGCAAUGGUCCCACUGCCACACACACUGGACCCAUGCAUAGGACACAGCCUGGAUCAUGGAACCAGGGCAGGACAAACCCCUCUAUGAUGACUGCUCUUCUCCCACCCAAACCCUCUUUACCCCAAUACCAGUCAAAGAAGAUGGCUAAGGCAGGGUCCAACCUGCACGUCACACAGAACCAGAGCUAUUCCAAGGCAGCUCCACCCACAAGAAAAGUAACAGUUACUGGUGGUCAGAUAAGAGCAUUAUCAGCAGGUCAAACAAACUUUCAAAGCAGCAACAUGAAUAAUACAAGGCAAGGAACCUCCCAGCCUCAAGCAUCUAGUUUUCCGGGGUUUCAAGGAAACAAAACCAGCAGCUUCAACCAGAAAAGACAGUAUCAGCAAUCUGGUCAAGACUGGCCCAACAGGACGACAUCCCACACUGCACAAAUGGGGCUAUCCACCAUGUCCAGUGUGAAUCAGCUCAGCCAUGUCAGUCAGGUCAGCAGUGCAAGAUCUUCUUUUCCGUCCCAGCAGAAGUUUAGCACACAGGCUUUUAACAGAAGUCAGAUACAAAGCCAAUCUCAGAACUCCAAUAUCACAAGGUGUUCAAGUCCACAGCCAUCUACAAGCUAUGCCACUUCUUUGACAAGCAAACAGAAGGCAUAUCAUAACAACAAACAGGACAUUGACAAAUCUCUGAGGGUGCUGACUGGCACAGCUCUAUCCUCAGGCAGUGGGGCAACUCACCACAUUCAGUACCUGUCAUGUUUGAGAUCCAUGGUACUUUAAAUGCUGCAGUCACAGCCAAUGCUGUAAUGCAGGGGAAGGAAUUCCUGCUUCGAGAUGAAACUGGCAGUAUACCAUGUGUUUUCUUUGAAAUUGAUAGGAGACUGCCACUAAUGAUCAGAGGACAUUGGUAUAGUGGUUCCUGUGCUCUCCAGCAAGAGACUUGAACAACUUAGCCACCAAGUGUCUUGAUAAUAAGCAAAUGCAUGGGUACAUUUGACCGCAAGCUGGGGAUGUUCAAGUGUGUCUCUGUUAGAGGAUCAAACCUUCCAGAACGCAAUCUGGCUAAACUGAUGUUGCCACUGUCAGAGGAAACAAUGAAGGCGCUGGUCAGAGACUUGAGAGAAACCUAGUGAUCCUACUUACACUGUAGUACAUUAUAGACAGUAAUAAAGUUGUUUUUAUCUGGAUUUAGGGCACCAAAAGUAUUAUACUGCAUCAGAAACUGUGAUAAUCCUAUUUGCCAGUACUCACUGUAAAACAUUGAAGCUUAUCCUGAGAAUACAUGUAAUGUUUGACAAAGAAAGCUAAACCAUUGUUGUUUGUAUAUACAUGUACAUGUGAUUUCUCGUGUAUUGUUAUCUUGUAAAGUAAUAAAUAAGCUCAGAGU